UCUCUUGAAUCACGUGAUGUUGCCGGACGUUGGCCGUUCAUUGGUGAAUUGAGCUCUACGAUCAUGAGCGUCGUCAAUCCGUCUGUUGUGCGCCAUCUGGAUUAAAGGCGGAACUAUAGAUCCACACUGAUCAGAAAUAUUGAUGUUAAUGAACAAAUCAUGAUGAGGAUCGAUGACUCCAGCAGACUAAUGUGUUAGAUCAGCUCUUCCUCCUCCUCUUCUCCUCCUCUGUUGUCUCCGCUCUGGUGCAGCCAUGGGCGGCUCUCUGCUCCACCUGCUCCUCGCCGUUGUUCUGUCAGCUCGGGCCGCUGCCGGAGACCGGACCGAACCGGGUCACGUCGACGGAGCUCCGCCUUCCAGAAUCGGUGAGAAAAGAACCGGAUUUAAGAAUCAAAGACGGGCCGGCUAUUGGCUGUUGUUGGCCCGGUCUCAUGGUUGUAAACCGGUCAUGAUGAUGGCCUUCAGGUGAUAAUUAGGUCUCCAUCAUUACUCAGAUUAAUCGCCUAUUCCUUCAUGUUGUUAAAUAUCACUCAGGUUCUUGUGGACCUCAUCUUGCAGAGGUGCUCAGAUGAGAUGAGAUGAGAUGUUCCUUUAAUAGUCCCACAAGGGGAAAUUCAAAAUGUACAGCAGCAUAGUGUUGAUACAAAAAGUGAAAAAUUAAAAGAUAAAGAAACUUUAUCUAUUAUUUAUUUAUAUGUACAUGCAUCAUAUUUACAUCUGUACAGAGUUUACAUAGUAAUAGGAUAACAGGAAUUAUUGCACUACUAUUUUCUUCUACUAUUACUCACUACUACUACUAUUUUCCGUACCCCCUUUAUUGUUAAAACUCUAAAAAAGGGGAUUCUGUUAAGCCUGAUAAGAUGCUUUAAAUUCAGUCAGAUAAGUCAUGGUUCUUUCAGUUAGGAUUUUCAAAAAUUGAGCUGCACAGAAAAAAGAGGACUUGAGCACAGACCAGUCUGACAGUAACAACAUGUCAACAUCGCGACCAGGGGGGAGAAAAAUGUAUAUUCUGUGUAAUUAAUUUCUAAAGUUUGUCCACAGCUCCAUAGGGAUUGCUGGAGGAGGCGGGAUUUAUGACCUAUACUGCAGCCCGUCACCAGAGGGUGCUGUUCUUGGGGUGACUUCACCUAGCAAGGAGGCAGACGCUGUCCAUUUUAUAUACAGUCUUUGCAAUAUCCUUUUCGAUCGUCAUGUUUUGGUAGACUAUUCCAACAGCCAAUGAAAAGGGGAGUUUCUCCAGUAACUUCACGCAGACAACUGCAUAGUAACAGGCAGCAGCUACACGCAAUCAUAGCACUUAAACACGUGAAGCUGACAGCAGUGUCAGUGAGUAAAAAAGAAAAUGAGUGCUACCCCGACAGAAAUACAGAUGAAGACUCAACAGAUGAUGACAUCGUCAACAACACUGGCACGAAAACAUUGGUGGUGUGGAGGUAUUUUGUUUUUUUGAGGUCGGACAUGAAACAGAGUAAUGUGAACUGCGAAUUAUGUCGAGUACAUGUUCUUGCAAAGUCGGAGCAAGAAGCCCAUUGCGCCUGUGCAGCCGAAACAGCCGACCAUUCAGUCCGCUCUCUCAAACGUAGCGCUUUACGACAAAACGUCAAAGAGACACACCUACCUGCAGAGACACUCAAACACAAAAUUUUUAAAUUUAAUUUAAACAUUCAACAUCAUAGACAGGAGUCAACGUUUGGCCUGUUAUACAGUUUAACAUGCUGUCACACUUAAAUGCGGCAAAAUAAGAUAAUUUACUCUUUAUUAUUGACAGUAAUUAUCAGUGGCAUGAUUAAAAGUUAUUAUAACACACCUCACUUUUGAACAACACUUUUGUUCGCCCUUCUUGCCUCUGCUCCAGCUGUGGUCGGAGCGGGGAUAGGAGGCAGCGCCACGGCCCAUUUCCUGCGGCAGCACUUUGGCCCUGAGGUCCAGGUGGAUGUGUUCGAGAAGGGAGAGAUCGGGGGCCGCCUAGCCACCGUUACUGUCAACCACCAUGACUAUGAGUCCGGGGGCUCUAUCAUUCACUCCCUAAACCUCCACAUGCAGGACUUUGUCAAACAACUAGGUUAGUUUUUUGACUCCACAUUACUGCUCAAAUUUUGUCGGCACUGUAGGCAGAUUUUAAAGUCAUUUCUGUUAUUUCUGGACUAGAUGAAGAACAUAUCCUCUGAAUAUUUUAUUCUGGAACACCACACAGUAUUUUAUCUCUUCAUGUGUGUCUUUGUUUGUCUGCUCCUCCUGGUGCUCUCCACGUCCCUCAAGGUUUAAAGUAUCGCCGCAACAUGGCGGGUAAGACCGCAGUGUUUAACGGCAAGGAGGUAAUUCUGGAGGAGACGGACUGGUACCUGCUGGACCUGUUCCGUCUGUGGUGGCGCUAUGGCAUCAGCUUCAUCCGCCUGCAGAUGUGGGUGGAGGAAAUUAUGGAGAAAUUCAUGAGGUGAGAGAGGAAAAUGGAUGCACUGUUUGCUGCUGUCUCAUGGGAUACUAAAUGUGAUGCAUCAAACCUUUAGAUUUAGAGAUUGCUGUUCAUAGCCUGGAUGACCAGUCUGUGGUUCUGCAGGGUUUCAUGGAAGCUCAGGUUACUUUGAUAGCAGCCAUCAGCUCGUCUGUAUUGUUGGCUCUGGUAUCUCUCAUCGCAAAUCAAGCGCAGUAACACCACAGUCAGCAGACCAGUUUCUGGUCGUUUUGGCGUUAUGGGUGGGUGCCAGGUCUCGCAGGAAAAGGAAAGUCAAUAAAAGCCGUAGUCUUUAAGAUUAAAAUAUUUCACUCUGUUGAUGAUAAAUCUAGAAGAUACGGGAAAAUGAACUUUUUAAAUAAAAUUAAGGUGAAAAUAAACUUUUUUGGGAGACAUUCUCAUGUUUGAAGCUUCACCUGUAUGUGGUUUCUGGUCAAGUGGACACUUCAGAGAACUGCAGUUUUUAGCACUCCUGAAUCCACGUCGUAUCUCAUAAACAGUUACUGAACUUCAGCUUCAGUAUUUCUCAUCUUCUAAUGAUCUCUGCCUUUUCAGAAAAUCUCCUAAAUAUUAAAAAAGCGGCUCCCAUAAUGUGACACUUCAUGUUUGAGUCACUCAGAUAAUACCCAUGUAUACUCUUUGUCAGUGAUCUGUUAGUCUUGUUUCAUAUGAUCCCACAUGUGAUAAAUGAACACAGAGCAUCUCUGAUUUCUCUGAAUUUGUCUCGUCUCGUUUGAAUUUCCGCUUAAACAUGAACCAGCUGCAGAUUUGAACUUUCCCCCUCCAUUGUUACAUUUCAUCAGCUUCUUAUUCUCCAUCAGGAAGUGAUUCGUUUCUGUUUAACAGUUUUCUUCUUUCCACAGAGAGCCUCUUCCUCCCAUUGCUUUUUCACUAGAAGAUAAUCUUGUAGUUAUGAUAUAUCUAUAUGUACAAAAAAGUAUGAUGUUUGAGUGUUAUGAUGACUAAUUUCUGACAGAUGUAAUUAUUGUUGAACCUUUUUUUGUGUUUGUUCUGUGUGGAUUUGUAAUCCAGGAUCUAUAAGUACCAGGCCCACGGCUACGCCUUCAGCUCAGUGGAGAAACUGCUGGACUCUCUCGGGGGAAGCGGCUUCAUUAACAUGACUCGGAGGCCGCUUUCUGAUUCGCUGCUGGAGCUGGGCGUGUCACAGCGCUUCAUCGAUGAGGUCAUCGAGCCCGUCAUGAGGGUCAACUAUGGACAGAACGUCAGCAUCCCGGCCUUCGUAGGUUAGUGCGUAAAAAUCAGGGUGAGAGACGAGUAGACUGUGGGGCUUAAAUUAGGACCAGUUUGAGGGGUGGGUGUUCAUGUCUGUGGGAGCAGGGUAGGGUUAGGGUGAGAGAGGGGAGGGAGGAGUGAGGAUGAUAACAGAAGAGAGGGAAGGAAAGGUGAGAGGAAGUCAGCCUGUGUGAGCCUGAGAGCAGGAAAGUGUGUGGGCAGCUGGUAAUUGGUUUAAGGCACCGUCUGCUGGGAGUGAGCUAAUGUGUGUGUGUGUCUGUAUGUCUGCAUAUGUGUGUGUGUGUGUGUGUGUGACAGGCGCUGUGUCUUUAGCUGGUGCCCAGAACAACCUGUGGGCGGUGGAAGGAGGCAACAAGCUGGUGUGCUCAGGGCUGCUGAAGAUGGCCAACGCCAACCUGCUGCAGGCACAAGUCAACUCCAUCUCCCCACUUUCCUCAGGUACUCGACCCAGACGCCACAGUAUAGGACCAUGAUGAUGAUGAUGGUGAAUUGACACUGUUGAACUGUUCACUCAUUAGUGCUGGGGCUCAGCAGUUUGUCACAUUCUUUCACAGCUGGAACUUAAACUCCUUAGACCUGAUCUGUAUGUCAUUGUUUAUAGAUAUAUAUUUUAAAAGUAGCUCUGCUUUGCUAACACAACUAUUGAAAUGAGAAAACCUUUGAUUAUGGAACUCUAAAGGGAUAUUCCGACGAAAAUUGAGUUAGGGUCAAACACACCAUAACUCAGAGUUAGACACCCCCUCAGGGGAUGACAAGUCAAUCACCGAGUGCAGCAGAGUUUCGCAGCUCAAGGAAGAACAUUUAUGAUUAUUACAUCAUGGAAAUAAAAUCAGACCGAGACGCUAAGGCAGAAGAACUACCGUGUCUGCAGUGCAAAAUGAUUAAUAUAAUGAUCAUUCCUUAAAGGAAAUGAUAAAGAAACGAUCAUAAAUGUUCUUCCUUGAGCUGCGUCACCCCGCUGUAGUCCAUACCAGUGAAGCUAAUCAUAAUGAAUUUAUUUUUUAUUUUUUUUAUCAUCUGGUGCUGGAUGGCAGGUGUGAGACAAAGAAUUUAACUGUUUCAAAACAUAGAGAUUAAAGAGUAUUUAAAUCUAAAAUAUACUUUUAACAUAAAACUGGGCGUUAUAGUCGAAAAUUUUUAUGCUUAAAAAGAAUGAAUCAAGAUUUUGAAGUUGUAGUUUUCAUUUCUUAUCUUUUGUCAUUCAUUUCAUGUCUUUCCUCUGAAGGGGAGACGCCUCAGUACGAGCUGAACUACACCACAGCAGCCGGUACGGGGUCAGAGCUGUACGACAUUGUGGUGUUGGCGACACCGCUUCAAGCCAGUGUUGCGUCUGGAGUCCGAUUUCAAGGUUUCAGCCCGCCUUUCGAAGAGCUACCAGGGAAUUAUCACAGCACCGUAGCAACCAUCGUCCACGGUUACCUCAACACCUCCUUCUUCGGUUUCCCAGACCCUCGUCUUUUCCCGUACGCGAGCGUUUUGACCACAGAGACGCCUGAUCUGUUUUUUAACAGCGUGGCGAGCGUUUGUCCCGUCAACAUCUCCUCAGGCUUCAGGAGGAAACAGCCGCAAGAAGCCGGAGUCUAUAAGGUGUUUUCAUCCCAACCUCUGGAGAAGAGUCAGCUCAAAGCUCUGUUCAGGUCAGACAGUGAUUCUUAUUGACUCGUUUGUUUCUAUUCAGCAUGAUUCAACGCUUUUUUGUUUUCAUUUUAAUGUUGUGUGAAUAUUUGAAAGACCAAAAUGGACUUUUUUAGAGCUGGGAUGCAGAUGUCCCUCAUAUAUAUUUACUCACCCAUCUACCAUCCAGCAGCAGUUAUUAAAGGGAUAUUCCGGCGUAAAUUUAAGUUAGGGUCAAACGAACUGUAACACCGAGUUAGACACCCUCUCGAGAGAUAAAUGUUGCAGACUGCUUGCUUCUCUAGUUAAUAUUCUAGUUAUAGUCGUCAACAUUCAUCUCUGGAGGGGGUGUCUUACUCUGUGUUACAGUGUGAUUGACUAUACCUUAAAUUUACGCUGGAAUAUCCCUUUAAACUUGAUUCUAAUACAUUUUAGAUUCUAAUUCAUACAUCCUUCUUUUACUUGACGGUUUCAGGUCGUACUACUCCGUGCAGGUGACUGAAUGGCAGGCCUACCCUUGUUACGGCAGCAGCCAGGAUCUCCCCGCCGUGGAGCUCCACCCUAGUCUCUACUACCUCAACGGUAUCGAGUUGGCCGGCAGCGCGAUGGAGAUGAGCUCGGUCGCUGCGAAGAACAUCGCCCUGCUCGCCUACCAUCGCUGGAACAGACAGACAGACAUGGUGGACCAGAAAGACCUCAUGCACAGGAUCAAAACCGAACUAUGACCUGAAGGUUUGAAGCUGGGAAGGAGAAAAACAGGGAUCAGGGUAACGUUAGCUCGAAGAUGACCCACACCUCCAAAUACUGAAGUGCACAUUUAGUCAUUCCCUGCUGCAUUUUGACCUUUAAUAUACUUCGAACAGGAUUCUGUACUGACUGACAACAAACUCAUGAAUAAACUUACAUCUUCAUUUUCAUACAAGUCUCAAAAUUAAAUCAAGUGCAAAGCUGAUUGAAGCAACCGUGGUCACGCACAGAUUGGAUUUCACUUCAUUUUCACUUCAUUAAUACGCCAUAAACGGUACAGAUAUAUGAAUCAUUUGGCUGUACUGGUUGUGGAUUGAUCGACAAUGUUCCUUUUGUGAUUUCAUCCAAAAUAUUCAGCUGCAGGCAGCUUUCUUUGCCAAGAAAUAAGGAAACCGCAAAAAACACAGCAGCUAUAAUUCUGUUUUGUUGAGUUGCGAGUGCUGUGAGCGACGUGAGAAAGUCUGUAAAUAAAGUAAAAAGAAAACUUCUGCUCUCUGUCACUCAAUCCAAGUGCUGCAUUAUAUCUAUACAUGUAAAGACUGUUUAUCAAAUCGUCUGUAUCACCGAGCUCUCUUGAGUUAAUUUACAGAAAAAUCCUCCAGUGACUCACUGUCGUAGCCACUGGCUCUGCGCUCUGUUGCCCCUUUCAUCAGACUGUUUCAUUAUCUCCCCUUCCUGCUGCUUUUGUUGCGUAAUCCAGCGGAAAGAUUUUUUUCUUUUUUUUCAGGGAAUGCAGCCAACAAGCUCUCAGAGUGGAGCCAACACAAGCAGAGGACAGAUCUAUAGAGUUGCUGCUGCUGCUGCUGAUGAAGACGGUGAUGAUACUUUUCUCCACUUUUUCUCUUGUUAAUAUCAAACAUUUUUAUCACAGACAUCUUUGAAGACAGAGCAGUCAACUCCAGAGGAAGCAAGAGCAACAAAAAAAAAACUGGUGGUUUAAUGGAAAGUUUACAAACGAUUGGCGUCAUGAGAAAACAGCAUGAUGCUUCAAUCUGAUGAAACUGUUUCCAAAACUCAUAAAGGUGUCAGAAAUGAGGAUGUUCCAGCGUAAAAUGAAGGUUGUUCGUCUUAGUGAAGAUUCUCUUUCUCAAAUCCAAAGUUCUCGCUCGGUCCAAAAUCAUUUUCACUUUCAGCCUCAUCCCUCUCCUCUUAGUCAGAGGCUGCCCAGCUGAAAUGGAUUCACCUCUCGACCUCCUUUUUGUACUUCUUCUGUUGUCUAUGUAUGCCAGAAAAACAAAUCAUGAUAAAUUGAGUGUGAUGUGGUCGAGAAUUUCCUGAAAAUUCCCGUAAAAACUCUUUCAGUAGGGAUCGUUUCCAGCAGAGUUAUUUCCCCCUCUGCUCGACUCUGAACGCCAACAUGAGUGAAAAAGUCUACAGCUUGAACAACUCAAGACUAAAGUUCUGGAAAAUAUAAAAUAAAGUAAAAGAAAAGAAUGUAGAAAAUUUACACGGCAAGCCAAAGUACCAUGAGAACUUUACGAUAGGACACGUGUGAGGGUUUGUGUUUAUCUCGUCUGACUCUAUAAAUGUUUAAAAGUUCUCUGAAGUGAAAUAUGAGUCAAAACAAAUCAAUACAGCUGUUGGAAUAUUAAUUAUUCCGACUGUUCAUGCAAUAAAAACAUUAUUCUGCCGUUUAUCUGUGUUGAUUUACUCCUGCCAUUCAAGUUUUACUGAUAUGGAAGAAGAUUAGGGCCACUAAAAAAAAAAAAAAAAAAGGUCCAAUAUAAUUUUUUAAAUUAUUAUUAUGAGUUUAAAGGCCUAAUUCUGACUAUUAACUCAGGAUAACCAUUUAAAAAAAUCUUAUUGGACCUUUUUUUUUUCCCCCAGUGGCCCUAAUCCUCCUCCGUACACUUACCUAUUUUUAAUAGUGCUGUAAAUAAUUAUGGAUGUGAAGAAACUGAACAACAUUUUGCUCGGUAAUUAUUGGAUCUUGUGUCCUUUGAAAGUAUGUAAACAGGAUCUUUACUGUAGUUUCUGCUUUUAUACGCGCCCAUGUUUCAGCAGGCUGAAGUACGGAAGAGGAUUAGGGCCACUGAAAAAAAAAAAAAUUCUGAAAAAAUUAUUUCAUUAUUAUUCUGAGGAAAAAAGUAAAAAUUCUGAGAUUAAACUUAUAAAAGAAUUAUAAAAAAUUAUAUUGGACCUUUUUUUUUUUAGUGGCCCUAAUCCUCUUCCAUACUAAGGCGACAGUAUGUCCUCAAUGGAAGUUUUCACACAGGGUUAACUAAUUAGAUCACUAAAGUUAUUUGUCACACUCAAAGUUAUUUGUCUGAUGUUUUAUUUAUUUAUUUCCAAUCACAGUUCUUUUGCUGUGGUCAUGAAGAGCUGAUCAUGUGUCAAGAAAACCACAUCAGAAUCUUUACUGGUCCCCAGAUCGUUAACCCAAUCCAA